AUUCAAUUCAAUUAAAUUUGGUCUUUGAAAAUGACAGCCAAUAUGUACUUCUUGUCCAGUAUUUUACUCUUUGUUUUAACAGCGUUUGAAACGUCGGCCAAAAGCGUUAGCAUUUCAAACGUAACCACUUAUAUAAACAGUGAAUUAUCAUUAAAUAAUGGCUUAAAAAUGCCAAUUCUUGGAUUCGGAACCGGAGGUAAUGGCGUCACACCCAGUGUUGUGUAUGAUAUGGUCAUCAAUGCCAUCGACGCGGGCUAUCGACACAUCGAUACGGCCUUUGUAUUUCACAAUGAGAUCGAAGUCGGACGAGCUAUCAAUGACCGGAUAAGACAGGGAGUCAUCAAAAGAGAGGACAUCUUUGUGGUGACGAAGAUAUGGAAUACGUAUCACUCGAGAGCCAGAGCUGCGGAGGCCAUCAGGCAGUCGCUCUCAAACCUAAACCUCGAUUAUAUCGACCUUUUGCUUAUGAAUUGGCCGAUGGGAUAUAAAGAGGGACCAGUUGAUGAGCCGCUGGAUAAGUACAAACUGAUAAUCCCAUCGCCUGUGGACUAUGUGGACACUUGGAAGGAAAUGGAGUUGAGUGUUGGCGAUGGUAUUGUUAAGUCCAUAGGUCUGUCCAAUUUCAAUAGUCAACAAAUCCUGAGAAUCCUCGAUAGUGCCAUAAUUAAGCCCGUGAUUAAUCAGAUUGAAAGUCACCCGCAAUUAUCUCAAGACAAGCUAAUAAACUAUUGUAAGAGUAAAGACAUUCACGUAACCGCUUAUAGCCCGUUAGGUGAGGGCCGACUGUUGGACAGGACUGAAUUGAUAGCCAUUGCCAAUAAUCACGGCAAGAGUACGGCUCAAGUGAUGAUCAGAUAUCAGAUACAGAGAGGAGUGUCUGUUAUCCCCCGCACUGUAAUGAAGAGUCAUAUGACAGAAAAUUUCAAUGUGUUUGACUUUACGCUGACUUCGGCUGAGAUGAAAGCAAUUGAUAAGAUGGACACCAAUACCAGAUAUUAUGAGGAAAAAGUGGCCGAAAAGCACGAAUACUACCCGUUUUCGACCCCAUAUUAACAGUAUUACAAUACAGUUAACAGAAUUCUCUUGUUUUAAAGAAUAUUCUUUAAGUAUAAAAAAAUAAUUUAUAAAAAUAUAUAAAUAGUCACUUCAUUAAAAAUAUAUUUAUCAAAAA